AUGAAGAUGAACAUGUCAUCGCCACCAUUGGAAAACACUUCGGCCGUGCCUACUAGUCCUACGCCGUCUAUGGGUGCUAUGGUUGGCAUGCAGUCCACCUUCUCGUCGAGCACUCGCGUCACCUUGUGGUUCACGAACUGGACGACUACGACGCCAGCAACAUACUUUCUGACUAUUUUGUUUCUCUUCUGUUUGGGGAUGCUCAACCGUUUCCUAGGCGCUUUUCGCAGCCAGCUCGAACAAACUUGGCAGGGACAAUCCAAUUCCAGCCACAAGGACGUGCACGCAGGCAGCACUGAGAAGGCAUCACUUAGCCAAAUCAGAGGUCAUGUAAGACAAUGGAGCCGUGGAAUCAGAACACCAAUGGUCAGGCUCGAAGAACCUGAGGGUCAAGAAACUGAGCCCUUGAGCCCAGCCGCAUACCCAAAACAUCCUGAAGAAGGAAAUAGCACGAAAAUCAUCCGUAGAUCACGAAAGUUCUGGGUCGCAAAUGCGCCAUGGAACAUUAGGAAAGAUGGCAUAAGCGCGGGACUUGAGUUUGUAAGGGCCAUCAUUGGCUACGUACUUGUUUGGCAGAUACACGAGGGGUUCAACGAGUCUGCCUGA